GUCACAUUCAUGAUUCACCCACUAGCUGAAACGUUAAACUACAGCCAACCCUUAUGGACUUUAAUUUCACUUUUGACUAAUACUUUUUUAACAUACACAAGAAAUCUACCGAGGAACCACUAUUUAAACUGCAUAUCUUCAAGCCAUUCUAGCAGACUACAGAGUAAAUUUAACUCAUCACACUCCUCGAUAUAUCUCAACUUCAUGGAGUUCUUUAGAAUUUUAAUUUCACUUUUUGCUCUUCAAUUCUUACUUUUUCUAUCACCAAUCCAUACAGCACCUGGAAAUUCCAAUCUUUUCAGGGAAUACAUUGGAGCAGAGUUCAAGAAUGUCAAAUUUAGUGAUGUUCCCAUUCACUCUGGCGUCGAAUUUCACUUCAUUCUCUCUUUUGCCAUUGACUACACCACUUCUUCUCCAUCACCUGCAAACGGUCAAUUCAAUAUUUUUUGGGAUACAGAAAACCUCACCCCUUCUUCUGUUUCCGCGAUUAAAAACCAACAUUCUAAUGUCAAAGUAGCAUUGAGCUUAGGAGGUGACAGUGUUAGAGGAGCUAGUGCAUAUUUCAACCCUACUUCAAUCGAUUCUUGGGUUUCAAAUGCUGUCUCUUCUCUUACAAACAUCAUUAAGCAAUACAAUUUGGAUGGAAUUGAUAUUGACUAUGAACAUUUUCAAGCCGAUCCUAAUACCUUUGCUGAGUGCAUAGGCAAACUAAUCACAACUCUCAAGAACAACGGAGUUAUUUCGUUUGCUUCUAUAGCUCCGUUUGAUAAUGAUGAAGUUCAGAGUCAUUACAAGGCGCUAUGGAAAAGCUAUGGUCACCUUAUAGACUAUGUUAACUUCCAAUUUUACGCGUACGAUGAGGGAACCACUGUGUCUCAAUUCAUGGACUAUUUUUCUACUCAAAGAUCCAAUUAUGAAGGAGGAAGGGUUCUUGCUAGCUUCAGUACAGAUAGCAGUGGGGGAUUAAAACCAGAAAAUGGAUUUUUCACAGCAUGUAGUCAGCUUAAAAGUAAAGGAGAGUUGGGUGGAAUAUUUGUGUGGAGUGCUGAUGAUUCAAAAUCAAAUGGCUUCAAAUAUGAGAAGCAAUCACAAGCAUUACUAGCCAUACCCCACUAAUGCUUUCACCUAUGUUCACUUCAAUAUUGUAAUAUUCAUACUUAUGUACCUCCUUGUUUUUAUAAAAUUUUGAAGAUUUGAAUCAAUAUACUACUAUUGGGUUUAUGUGCA